UCGGCUGUAGUCGGUCACUCGGCUUGCUUCACACCGAAAGCUACAGUAGGCUAUGUUGAUUCUGGUGAUUUCCCGAACUCAUCGGGUUCGGUAAAACGACAUCCUCGGAGCCGGGUUCGGGAAAGGGGACUAGGUAUCCGGCUCGGAGAGUGGCCACCUUGCACGGUGCGAAAACGGGGUAUUUGCGCUGGGAAGAGGCGUGGGGCCUCGAUCGGCGGGGGCUGCACGGAGGGACAGGCGUACCGACCGAGUCGGGCUGGAUGCGCUGGACUCGGCCCGGAGCGCUGCGGUUCCAGCAAAGCACCAUACUACCACAGCCCAAGACAGAAAGACGGAGACACGGACGUCGCUGUCUCCAUUCCGGACUAUAACACUAUUUAUUAUUGUUAUAACGGUUCUAUACUGUAGAGGAGAUCAGGUGAGCUCACUGACAGUCUAGACUGCAGCUGUCAAGCUAUUUCAGUCCGGACCGACUGGUUUUGGGAGAACGAACGGACCGACUGCUGGACUCAGCUUGGACCGGGUCCUGGAGAGUCCAGGGCGGGUUGUGGAGCUCGGAUCGCCCGCUGACGGCCUGCCAUCAUGGGCAACGUGCCCACGGCCAAGAAGGGGAGCGAGAUGGAGAGUGUGAAGGAGUUCCUGGCUAAAGCCAAAGAGGACUUUCUCAAGAAGUGGGAGAACCCUGAACAGAACACAGCGAGUCUGGAUCAGUUUGAGAGGUUGAAAACUCUGGGUACGGGUUCGUUUGGCCGCGUCAUGCUGGUCAAGCACAAAGAGACCGGGCAACACUUUGCCAUGAAGAUCCUCAACAAGCAGAAGGUUGUGAAGCUGAAACAGAUAGAACAUACUCUGAAUGAGAAGCGUAUUCUGACGGCUGUCAGCUUCCCUUUCCUGGUACAAGUAGAGUUCUCCUUCAAGGACAACACUAACCUGUACAUGGUGAUGGAGUAUGUACCUGGUGGAGAGAUGUUCUCUCAUCUACGACGAAUCGGCAGGUUCAGUGAGCCUCAUGCUCGGUUCUACGCGGCUCAGAUCGUUCUGACCUUUGAGUACCUGCACGCCCUGGACCUCAUCUACCGAGACCUGAAACCGGAGAACCUUCUCAUAGACCAGCAGGGCUACAUACAGGUGACAGAUUUUGGUUUUGCUAAGCGUGUGAAAGGUCGAACCUGGACACUGUGUGGAACCCCAGAGUACCUGGCCCCAGAGAUCAUCCUCAGCAAGGGGUAUAACAAGGCGGUAGACUGGUGGGCGUUGGGUGUGUUGAUCUAUGAGAUGGCAGCCGGUUAUCCUCCCUUCUUCGCUGACCAGCCCAUACAAAUUUACGAAAAGAUCGUCUCUGGGAAGGUGCGUUUCCCCUCCCACUUCAGCUCUGACCUGAAGGAUCUGUUGAGGAAUCUACUACAGGUGGACCUGACCAAGCGCUAUGGCAACCUAAAGAACGGCGUCAACGACAUCAAGGGACACAAGUGGUUCUCCACCACUGAUUGGAUCGCCGUAUACCAGAGAAAGGUGGAGGCCCCGUUCGUUCCUAAGUUCAAAGGCCCAGGUGACACCAGCAACUUUGAGGAGUACGAAGAGGAGGAGAUCAGAGUCUCCAUCAGUGAACAGUGUGCCAAGGAGUUCACUGACUUCUAGACCCAACCAGAGAGAGAGGGAUUGAAGGAAAAAGAUAGAGAAGGAGAGGGAAGAAAGGAGAGGGAGAGGGAGAAGGAAAAGGAGAGAGAUGGCGAAGGAAGGAAGGAAGGAGAGGGAGAGGGAGAUGGAAGGAGAGAGAGAUGGCAAAGGAAGGAAGGAAGGAAGGAAGGAAGGAAGGAAGGAAGGAAGGAAG